UUAUUAUGCUGUGUCAGCUGAGUGUGUGUGAUAAAAACAGCACAUAAAUAAAAUUAUUAUCACUCAAUUCACCGAAUGUAACAUAAAUUACAAAAUGUUCAGUUGAUUUAGUUAAUAGUUCACGGAUAUAACACGUUCACGUCAAUUUCUAAAAUCUGUGAUAAAAAUUGUGGUUCAAUUUACUAUUUGCUAGAAGCCUGUUAUCAUACGGAACACGGCUACGCUCACCGUCCGAUGUAAGCGAUCAUUACCACUGUAGUGUUUGCUGCGAAACGUUCAUACCAUGGCCGAUAACUACAAAAAUAAUCCCGCCGUAGCGAAUUUUGUCGAGUAUUUAAAAAUACCAAGUGUGCAGCCAAAUAUCAACUAUGACGAUUGUGUAGCAUUCCUAAAAAAACAAGCUAAUGGACUUAGCCUUGCCGUGAAAGUAUAUGAAAUCGUGCCACGCAAGCCUAUAGUGAUUAUAACUUGGCCUGGAAAAGAUGAAUCGCUUGGUUCGAUCUUGCUGAAUUCUCACAUGGACGUCGUGCCUGUAUUUGAAAACAGUUGGACACAUCCACCGUUUAGCGGACACAUAGAUAACGAUGGAAAGAUCUUUGCUCGCGGCUCGCAAGACAUGAAAUGUGUUGGCAUCCAAUACCUGGAAGCUAUACGGAAAAUGAAGGCCGCUGGGGUGCAAUUAAAAAGAACUCUACAUGUUUGCUUUGUACCUGAUGAAGAAAUUGGAGGUCAUGAUGGUAUGGAAAAGUUUGUCCACACCAAAGAUUUUAAGGAUCUUAAUGUGGCAUUUGCAUUAGAUGAAGGAAUGGCUAGUCCAAAUCAGGACUUUGUUUUAUUCAAUGGCGAAAGGAGCAUUUGGCAAAUUCAUGUACACUGUACCGGCCAGCCCGGUCAUGGAUCCUUACUGCUUCCAAACACGGCUGGAGAAAAGCUGAGGUUUAUAAUUGACAAAUUCAUGGACAUGCGAGCAGAGCAAAAGCGUAUAUUAGAGAGCAAUCCUAAGCUGACAAUUGGAGACGUCACAACUAUCAAUUUGACUCAAGUAUACGGUGGAGUACAAUCAAAUGUUGUUCCCGAAAAAUUGACUGCUGUAUUUGACAUUCGUUUGUCUGUAACCGUUAACCACGUGGAAUUCGAGGCUAUGAUUAAUAAAUGGUGCAAAGAAGCAGGUGACGGAGUAACUUUCGAGUUUGAACAAAAGAAUCCGUAUGUAGAAGUGACAAAGCUGGACGCGUCCAAUCCAUUCUGGGUAGCGUUUAAAUCUGCUGCUGAUAAAUUGAAAUUAAAGCUGGAUUGCAGAAUUUUCCCCGGUGGUACUGACAGCAGGUACGUGCGUGAUGUCGGAAUACCAGCGCUGGGAUUCUCUCCGAUGAACAACACGCCCGUUCUUUUGCACGAUCAUGAUGAAUAUCUUAGUGCUGACAUAUUUUUGAAAGGCAUUGAUAUUUACGUUGAUCUUAUUACUUCUGUUGCUAACGUUUAAAUGGCUGUGCUAUACUAUAAAUCUGCAAUAUUAUUUUCAUAUAAUUAAAUAAUAAU